UUCAAUAUCGAACAGCUUUGGCAAUUUUUCGAUCAUUCUUUCAGAAUCGAGCUCUUCUUUAGAAAGGUGUUCUAGUCUCUAGUCACGAUGCAUUUCAUAUUCAUCGUAUUUUGUCACGUGAUUUUUUUCAUAAAUUUCCCCUCCGAAAUAAAUGGCCAGGACGAAAUAGCCAAAUUAAAGGAGCAAUACACCGUGAAAAAUACGAUCGAAGAUUUCGAGACCGAAUGGGCCCUACAUUUUAAACCGAAUUCGAAAAAAAUAAACAAAAAAGAUUCUCCGAGUCUUCAAAAUGCUGAAAUUCGUCGCCAAAAAUGGGAAUACAUUUUCGAAAAGUUGGCCGAUUCUCAUAUAAUCAGACGUCUGGACUCGGAACUGCAAAAGGCUGGAAUCCUUCGGGCUGUAUUUUGCAAAGAGAUCGCCGAAGUGUACUUUUCACUUUCGUACAAUGCUUCUCUUUUCGAUAAGGAAACUGAUUCUAUUAAACCGCUGCCUAAUCCGUUGAAGCUCAAAAGUAUGGAAGUAUUUUUGAACGUGAUUUCGGAUUUGAAAUUGAACCCGGAUAAUGCUGAAGAAAGUGUAAAAAUUCCCAAAUCAUUGUACGUUGAUUUAUUACGCAAAGACGCUCUAGGUAUUCUACAUAAAAAUCAUUUAGAAGAAAGAAUCUCACGUUUGAAGCACGUGUACAGAGACAGGGUCCAAAAAGCCAGAGAUCAAGACAAUGUCGAAGCUGAAGAAAUUGAUAGCGUUGUUAAUUCCGAAGAGUAUUAAAGAUUUCAUCUUGAAGAAAAAUCAUCUUAUAAGGUUAAGUUUUUAGUUGACCUAUAUCAAUUUUCGACUGUGAUUAAUAAGCAACGAAUAUUUAAUUUUCGAUUACGUAAUAAUUUUAAUUCAAAAUCAAUUUUACAUUAGUUCCAAUUUAAUUUAAUACCUAUCUACGUAUUAUAUCAAUGUACAUAAUCUGCUCAUCGCGUGAUUUUUAUAUUAAUUCAUAAACUUCAUCACGAAA